CCCUUCCCUCACAUAUCCACUUUUAUCCACAUAAGCAACCACAAUCUAAAGGAAACACUAUGGGGAGCUAUUCAUAUGAGACGAAUUUUCAAGAAGAUCAAUACGAAUUUUCUGAUCAAACAACCUUCGUUCACGAAAAUCCAUCUGGGUUGUUCAAGAAACAAGAUUCAUGGCCCAAAAACAACAUCUACAAAAGGAAAAAUCAGGUCUUUCUUGAAGGGUAUGUGGAGACAUCCGAUGAAGAUGAACUCGUGAGAGCUAAGAGCUUAACGGAUGAAGAUCUUGAUGAACUUAAAGGGUGUUUGGAUUUGGGUUUUGGUUUUAGUUACGAUGAAAUUCCCGAACUCUGCAACACUUUGCCGGCGCUGGAAUUGUGUUAUUCAAUGAGUCAAAAAUUUCUUGAUGACCAGCAGAAGUCGCCGGAGUCUCCAUCGUCGGCGGUGGUCGAGGAGACCAUUUCCCCACCUCCGAUUGCUAAUUGGAAGAUUUCUAGCCCUGGUGAUCAUCCUGAGGAUGUGAAAGCAAGGCUCAAAUAUUGGGCACAAGCAGUAGCUUGCACAGUUCGAUUAUGCAGCUAGAGAAUUCAUCAAAUCCAAGAUCAAUUGGAUGCUCAAAGGUUCUUGAAUCAUGAUCAAGAAGAUGAUCAUAAGAUUGAAAUACUUAACCUGGAGAUGGAUGCUUGAAUUCUGUCGAUGAGGGGUUGAGAAUUCAAGGGUUAGAUCGGGGAAAUUAAGAAAAAAUGACAGGAAUUUGAUGAAUUUUGACGAAUAGGUUCAGAUUAUAUCGAGUUUUGACACAAUCACUUGAGGCGAAAGUGGUGGGGUUAUGAUUAUGAUUAUGAUCAUUCCUUGAAUGCAAUUAGAUC